AGCCGCUUAUCCAACGUUCAGUUUAGUAAACUUUCGAUUGCCAGCGUGUUCGGAUCGCAAAAUUUCGCACGCUUCGCGGGUUUGUGGAUUGUUUCGUUUGUUCUUAUUCUUUCAGUACGGGUAGUCCUAUCGAGAAGAAGAAUCAACUGAGUUGGGUUGCAUUUGGGGAUCGGCACAGCACCUGGUAGUAGGCGCGGUUAGUGUGGUUAGGGGAGCAGACAGGAUCAAGAACAGGAAGUACUAGAACCCGUAAGAUCGAGGAAGGCCAUUGUGAUAAAGAAGUGAAUUUGCGACCCAUCCCAAGGGACGGUGCUGUCGGUGCAAUAAAUUUCUUCGGAUUCUUACGAAAUUGUGGUGCAGGUGUGUGUUGGAUUUGUGUGAUUGUAUGCGCUUAUAGAACACGCGAUCGUGCAAAAUUGUUGGAUCCGAAUCCCGAGAUGUGUGCAAUAAUUUCGCACUGUACCUGAGUGCGUGUCAGUGAGGGUCGGCUGGUCACUAGAGGUUCCAGUCAGUGCCAUGAGGAAUGAAUUCUCGUUGACCUUUCCGUUGCUUGGAUAGUAAAGCUCUACUGCUAAGUGCUAGUGUUCUCAUCAAGAUCAACAACAAUCCACGGUGCCUCUAUAGUAUUGCGGAGGCAACCGAAGUGUGAACGUGUGUAGCACGGAAUCUUGUGAACUGAAUGUGAACAUCUGAUCAUUGCGCUGUCAAAAUUCGGAAGCUCUCGAGUGAGGAUAAAAUCAGCUGUUCGCAAGCAUCCGCAGAGUGUGACGUGGUGUGUAAAUAGAAGUUACAUAAACAAGCACGCAACUGUUCGACUGCCGUCUCAUACCGCCCCACAUUCGGAGGCUACGCUCCGAAGUCUUCCAGAAGUAGCGCGACGACGAAAUCGUACGACUUCAUCCAAAGCUUAGUUAAGGAACCAAACCCACCCCCACACACACAAAAUGGCCUUAAUCAUGAAAUACAUUGACAGCAUGCACCAUUACAUGGAUAAAUACGGAGAUCCCCGGACGAAAGAUUGGCCCCUCAUGUCAUCUCCCUUCCCCACAUUAGCUCUAUGUUUAGGAUAUGUUUACUUAGUCAAAGUCCUGGGCCCAAGGCUUAUGGAAAACAGAAAACCAUUCCAGCUACGAAACACCCUCAUAUUGUACAACUUCGUCCAAGUCAUCUUCAGUGCCUGGCUGUUCUACGAGUGCCUGAUGGGCGGUUGGUGGGGAACAUACAGCUUCCGGUGCCAACCAGUGGACCACGGCACGACCGGCCAACCGAUGAGAAUGGUGCAUGCGUGUUGGUGGUACUACUUCUCCAAGUUCACGGAAUUCUUCGACACGUUCUUCUUCGUGAUGCGCAAAAAAACUAGUCAAGUGUCGACGCUGCACGUUAUUCAUCACGGAUGCAUGCCCAUGUCCGUGUGGUUCGGCGUCAAGUUCACCCCCGGUGGCCACAGUACCUUCUUCGGACUGCUCAACACCUUCGUUCACAUUGUGAUGUACACGUACUACCUGUUCACGGCCCUCGGACCACAGUUCCAGAGAUACCUCUGGUGGAAGAAAUACCUCACCAGCCUACAGAUGGUCCAGUUUGUCGCCAUCAUGGUGCACGCCUUCCAGCUGCUGUUCAUCGACUGCAACUAUCCGAGAGCCUUCGUCUGGUGGAUCGGAAUGCACGCCGUCAUGUUCUUCUUCCUGUUCAACGAGUUCUACCAGACCACGUACAAAGCGAACAAGCGGAGACAAGCGGCAGCCGCCGAAGCCAGGCGACUGGCGGCCGAAAAUGCCAAACUGCAGAAUGGCAGCAGUAACGGUAGCGCCAUCACUGCCAACGGGCACCACGGGAAGAACGGUUCGGUGCACCAUCACAGUAACGGCAGUGCCACCUCCAACGGCACCUCGUUACUGUCCAACGGUAUCGGUAGUAAUAAGGCAGCCGACUAUUACGUUCGGGGCGAUCUCCCGGCAGAGAUCGAGAUCACGCAGCGACAACCUAGCAGCCGCAAUCAGGCACAAUAAUAGCGAAUACGACGAAGCAACCCCUUCCGGUACAGGAAGCGAUAGGACAACCUCACACACCCACAGCUACACACAGACAAUAUUAAAUCCAAGCUACUUCCUUAGUUCCCUAUUGACUUCUCGUAUGAGAAGCUUCCCCUCCUUCCUAGCACUCUCCUACAAGCAUACAAAAUGCAGUGGUUUCUAUUGUUAUGAUUAAUUAAUUUAUUGUAAAUCUUCUUUAUUAUUAAUUCAUAAACAAACACACACACACACUUACACUCACACAACCAAAAGUCUAUGUGCAUUCGCUAUCAUUUUUAUUUGUGUUUCAUUGUUUUUGGUACAGUUCUAUCAAUCACUUACACUGAAACAUUUUCAUUCAAGUUGGGUUAAAUGUCGUCAACAUUCGGCAAUAAAGUGCAAGCAAAGUAUAUUUUAAUGCAAA